CUUAAAUCUGAAGUGUACGUCCUCACAAAAAUAAUACAACCCUUCUCUAUGAAGGGGAAAUUUGAUAACAAUGGAUGCUCACAUGUGCGUGUGUGUGCAUUGCACAUCUUCAUCUCAAUGCUUAAUUCUCAUUGUGAGUUGUUGCUGCAUUCAAGGAGUAGUUGCAGAAAUAAUUUUCAAAUGGAUACAAAAAAGGUUGCUAAUACUCGUGCGAAAGAGGAAGCAGUGAGAAGGUCACUCACCGUGGAUUCCUUGUUGCCUCUCCCUUAAUGUUGUUUUGUUCUCACCCUUUUCUCUCUCUUUAUAAAGCUUUGGUUAUCUUUAAAAGAUGGGGAAAAAAAAAGGAAAAAGAAAGAAAGAAAGGAAAAGAAAAAGAAGAGAUUUUUUUUUUUUAAUGAAAGCUGAAUCUUCUUUUGGUUAUUAAAAGAUAAAAUGUCUUCUUUACAUAGCCAGGCAAGGAAAAGCAGAUUGCAAGCAUUAUAAUAUUGUAUUAGGUUAUAACUUCUUUCAACAUGUUAAUGGUCACAUCCCUUGUUGGUUCUGUUUAUUAUAUGCAAUUUCUUAGAUGACUUGAUGCUUGUUUGUUCCUAUAGAAGAUCUCAUGUGCUUGCUAGCCUAAAGUUGCAAAUGUUAUUUUCCACAGUCGAUGCACCAACAUCGCAUGGGUUCCUGAAAGUGAAGGCACUUUUGUCGUUGCUCAUGCCAAUGGAAACUUAUGUGUAUGAAAGAAACAACGAUUGCAUUGGCGAUUCUUCAUUCCCUGUCAUCAACGACCAAUCUCAGUUUUCUGUUACACAUGCACGAUCCAACAAGGCAUACACGAACAAGCUGGAGAACAAGGUUUCACGUCUGGAAGAAGAGAAUGAAAGGUUCAAGAAGCAGAAGGUUUUGGAUGCUUCUUGUACAUGCCUGACUAGCAAUGAAAUCCACUUCAAGAAUAUCAGGUUCAAGUCUUCAACAAAUAGAGGGCUUGGUUCUGCAGCACUCUACAGCUCCAAGCAGUAUAAUCUCAAUGCUGUGCCACUUAUCGAAUCAGCUAUAUGCUUCUCAGCCCAUUGCAGGGAAACUUCUCAGGGAGGAAUUUAGGCUCAUUGCAAGAAAAGGGCCUAUAUUACACAUAGUGGACACGUGAUCAUGGCCAGUGAGGUUGGUGUUGUAGACAUUUGCCAAAAGAUGUGGUUAGGAAAGGAAGACAUAUGAUCGGUGUAGAAGGGGACCGUACUGAAAUAGUUCAUGUG